AUGGAAGUGGAAGAAUCCGAUGUUAUUAUUAUUCCUGGAUUAUCUGAUGAAUCUGCAAGAAAUCUAACUGAAAAAGGUCAAUCAUGCGAAAAUAAAUCUGUAUUAAUUGAUAUGAAAACAAGUAAUUGGAGUAAAGUAAAAGCCGCUAAUCGUCGUAUUUUACCUCGAAAGUCAAUGGGAGAAGUAAAAUUAAGUAAUAUUAUUGAUGAACUUAAAAAGUUUUCUAUUGAAGAACAAGAAAUUCAUGAAAAUGAACAAACCUUAAGAAUAAAUUCAUUGAAAUUAUUUCGACGAUAUUUAGCAAAUUUUCUUCAAAAAUCAACAUUUCAUUAUGUUAUUAUUUUAUUAGUUAUCACAGAUUUAAUUGUUGUCUUAGUAGAUUUAAUUCUUGCUCAAUUAUCAUCACCUUGUUUAACUAAUGAAGAAAUGAUAUUUUAUAAUACAACUGAACAACGUGACACAUGUUUACUUGACUUUUCUCUUCAUUUGGUUCACGCUGAUUUAUUUCUUUUUUAUUUUUCUGUUUUAUUACUUACUAUAUUUGUAUUGGAAAUUUUUAUAUCUUUUUACGCUUUUGGUUGGAAAUAUUAUAUGAAUCCAUUAUAUUUACUUGAUAGUGCAAUUGUAUUUGCUUCUUUUAUUAUGGAAAUAUAUUUUCAUUAUGGAAAUAUUGGAAGAGCUGGACGAGCUGCUGCAGCUGUCGUUAUUUUACGUUUAUGGAAAAUAAUUCGAGCUAUUCAUGCUGUUGCACAUUCUAUUACACUUAAAAAUCGUUUAUUGAUUAAUAAAAUUCAAGAAGCUAGAAUAUUAUUAGAAGAAGAAAAACAACAAGUAGAACAAACAUUAGAAAAGCAAGAAAUUAAAAUGGAAUAUUUCAUAAAUAUAUUAACUAAUUUGAAAAAAUUACCAUCUACAAGUCAAAUUGAUAAGUAUGUAAAUAAUACAUGGCAACAAAGAAAAAAUAACAAUAUUAACAUUAAUAUUUUGACAAAUUAAACAGAUAAACAUAACAUAACAUAAAUUUUUAUUUUUAUUUUAUUAUUCAUCAGUUAAAAACUGAAACAGUUUUUCUUUUUAUAUGUUCAUAAUGAAAAUAUAUAUGGUUAAUUUCUUUCAUUAGCAACGUCAUUUUUAAAAUAGAAAUGCAUAUAUCUUUAAAUGUUCACCUUUGUUUUAUCUUAUUUUUAUAUAUCGUAUGUAUGUUGACUUACUUGAGAUAAACUGAAAAAUUUAGCCUUUAGAAUUUUUUUUUUUCUUUAUUUAUUAUUGAAAAACAAGAACUAAUGACAAGAAAGAAACAACUAAAAAGAUUUUUACUAGAUGAAUUUUCAUUGAAAAACAUUCCAUAUUUGAAAAAAAAGUAUUUUUGAAAAUAAUAUCAUACAUUUUAUAGAAGACUUUCGUUAUACUACGAAAUAUUCAUGGAAGAUUUUU